AUGCUGUCAAUCCUGCCUGAUUUCGUAACACUCAACACACUGUCUCGCCUUGAACACCAGAUCUCGCUAUCUCGACCCCCGACUUAUUAUGGCCACGACCCAGCUGCAGUCAAUACGACGCUGGUCAAAAGCCUGUUAUUGCGAGCUAAAAACGGGUUUUUGGAUGCAGAAGGGGUCGGUAAGGCCUACAAGGCUCGUCUUACCGAGUAUCAAAGUGACCCACGUUUCAGUGUGACUGACAGUCACUUGACUCAAGCGUUCACGGAAGGAUCGUUUUUGCUUUUGAUUUUCGGCGCUAAUCGUGAUGAUCGCAUUUCUGUGGAAGAUGCUCGAUCCUUCCUCGUCGAUGAAAAGUUUCCAGACAAUUGGAAACCUUCACCUACUCCAGUCACACUUGGAGAAGCACGAGCCAUAGCCAAAGACAUUCGAGGCUUUGCGACGUAA